AAGCAUAACCGUUAAUGCAAAAUUGGCGGCUAAGAGAUUGGUCACUUGGCCGGCAAAUUGGCCAAAGGACAAACCUGCAUUAAUGUGUAUUUUAUGUCAUAAAUUUUUUCAGGCUAAUUUG